GCUCCGCCAGUGCAGCCACGCCAACGGCCGUGCCGUGCUGCUGGAGUUGGUUUACAUGCUGCUGAUCGUCACGCCCCUCGAAAGCCACUUCACCACUAUAUACAAUAAUGAUUAUUUGACGGCACUAUCCUGCCACGGCCUGCUGAUGAUACCCAUGCUGGUUAUUAUAUUAUUGUGCCAGUGGACAACACUGGAGUUCGAUGCCCUGGUCAAAGAGCUCGUCAGCCUCCAUAUCGACCAGCAACAAGCAUUUGACCGGACUGCAGAAAGAGAAUCGAGGUCGCUGUUGAGCUGCAUCGACCAUUGCCAAGACAACAGGUUCAGCCUGGCAGGAAUAUGUCACUGCAACAUCGAGUCCGGAUCACAAGCGCUCCUUGCUGUUGGCAAGUACUUUGUCAUCGAUAAGCUGCAAGAAUUCCACUGAAGAAUAUCAGAACCAUCAAUAUAUGUCAAUAAUCAUUGUCACGCUUUGAUUUGUUAUGGAGACUACCAGUGUAAAUGCACUUAUAAAAAGAAGAAAAAAUCUCCACUCUACACUGGUAAAACUAGAGCGUAGUAUUACCCUCUGUUUUCAAGCAUAGUCAAUUUACGCUUGAAAUCAAGCGUAACAGGCUCAUCCACCAAGAAUCUGCCCUGGGAGAGUGCAUGCAUGGAAAAAUUUCUAGUCUAUGCUUCAUUUCAAGCGUAACGUCUUCAAGCGUAACAUUAUGCUUGACUCAAGCAUAGAGUUACGC